GAGAGAGGUUUUAAAGAUGGGAGCUCUUGCUCCGGUGUCUACAUGGAACCCUGAAGAUGACCUUUUGCUUAAGAACGCUGUUGAGGUUCCCAAAUGUCUGAUACAAUCUCCGUGGAGGGGAGCACAAUGUUUUGCACUUUCAAAUGUGGUAAUACAAGCUUUUUAUAGGAUCUCCCUGGAAAUAAAAGGCUGGUGCUUCUUUGGAAUCACUUGCUAAAGGUGCAGUGCAAUUUUCUCGAAGAUUUACUGUUCGAGAACUGCAAGAUCGGUGGCAUUCUCUCCUUUAUGAUCCAGUUAUUUCUGCAGAAGCUUCCCCUCACAUGAUUGCGAUUGAGCGUUCUGGUUCAACUCUUCCAUCAAAAUUGAAUAGAUUUGGCAACUCAAAAGAAAACAAAUCGGUUUGUGGGAAGAGAAAGGCUGACAGUGUCCGUAGUUAUUACUAUGCUCUGCUCAAAAGAUUAUGCAAUGAUCCACUUAAUUCCAUGGAUCUAAGUUUUUUUGUUGCACCUGGUGAUUGCAAUUACAUUGCAAAUGGAAAUGAGCCUUUACCUGGAGAUUGCAUGCCUGGUGAUACCAUGCCAAAUCAUUGCGGACUUGAAGGGUCGAAUAUGGAUAUUAUGCAUCAUGUUUUUCCACAAAAUCUGAUGGAUGGUGGCGCUGCUACUGCUGAUACUGCUGCUAAUGGCCAUGACUUUCAUCCAGGACUCCAGCUACCAGGUGAAGAAGAUUUUUAUAUUGAGCAAGAUAACAUACACAACGAAAUUCCUCAUCCUUUUGAAGAAAAUCUACCUUUUACUGUGAAUGGCUCUGUGUUUGAGGAAUACGUUCAACCAAAACAAUUGCUGGCACACAGCAUGUUGGAAGCUGAUGAUUUAGGUUUGGAACCUUCAUCUACAUUUGAUCAAAUUAAUAAUGAUCCAGGACAUAUCUGCUCGGAAUUUGAAGGUAAUCAGGUGUUCAGUUCACCUAUGUCAGAGUGUGGUGCAUCAUUUCACAACUUGGAAUUUUCAUCUCCACUUCAUGAAAUGUCUAUAUGGGGACCAGUUGAGGGCCUUGCAGCAUCAUCUAUGCCUGAUGUUGGCCUUGGAGAAAAAGAUCUGCACACUGGAGAUAGGUUUGAACUUCUUGAUGAUGAUUUUGGUAAGAAUGCAACAACAUCAGGGUAUGAUGUUCACUCAGAUUUCAAGUUGGGAAGUGAAAUGCCUUGUGAUGGUUUGAGAAGUCCAACUGCUAGUGCAGAAGGAUAUUUGGCAGAACUGUCUAAUUCUCUCUUGAAUUUUACAAAUGAGGAAGAACUCUUGGCCAUGGGUGAUGGAAAAGAAGCUAUUGAUAAAUCUUACUAUGAUGGCCUUAGUUCACUUUUGUCGAAUUCCCAGAAUGAUGUAUGUCAAAAUCACAUACCCAGUAUAACUGAACCAGAGACAUCAGUAGCUCUAGAUACAGAUAUCAAGAAACCACCUAUUGCAUGUUCUGGAGAGUUAGAGGAGAACAGGGGGCCUCACUACGAUGAUGGCUGUAUAGCUCAUGUUUCAGGGACCCAAAUGCUAUCAUCUUUAUCACAUUCAAAUCCUCAGUUUCCUGAUCUGUGUGACAAAGAAGUUAUUUGCUGUACAUUGAACACUGAGGAUCCAGAUAUUCCAUGCAAUGAUGAUUUUAUCCCACCAAAACAAUUUUCCCCAUCGUCUGUUUCCUUUGUAUCACAAAAUAAAUUUCAAGAAGCUAAUAAUCCAAAUUCUUCAACUAUUAAUGAUAUCUUAGUUAAUCAAAGAGCUCGAGAAAGAGGCGUUCUGAUGAAGAGAGAAGGAAAAAACCUUGGAGAGUGUCAUGUGUCUUCUAAGAACAUAGGCCCACAUGUGUUGCCUGAACCCAGUGUGAACCAUCCAAUUGGUGGCUCUGGGGUUAAGUUUGAGUUACCGAAUAGUGAUUCCCCACUUGUGGCGUCUAAGGGUGUAGGUAUUGCUUAUGGUGGUACAGAUCAACUUAAUUCAGCUAGUCUGAGCACUGAUGCUUUGAAGGAAGAAACUAAAGGAGUUUCACCAGUAAAACAUCUCAGUCAUAACCAAAUGGAUUCAUUUAUAAAGAAGCCAGCUCUUGUUUGUGAUAGCUUUAAAGGCUGUACCCAGACAAAUGCUAGUGGCAUUAAACUGGAACUAGAUGUACCAGCUAUGAUUCAAGAUUAUCAAUCAACACAUGCAGAAGUAGCAUCUGUAGAUAUUGUUAUGUCAGAACCUGUAGUAAAACCUACGACAUCAGAUCAGGAAGAGGCACCUGUUGAGAGUGAUGAUGAUGUACCUCAUUAUUCAGAUAUUGAGGCAAUGAUACUUGAUAUGGACUUGGAUCCGGAGGACCAGGAUCUAUUUUCUAAUGAGGAAGUUUUAAGAUAUCAGAAUGAGGAAACUAAGAGGGCAAUCAUACGGCUGGAGCAGGGUGCUCAUUCUUAUAUGCAAAGAGCCAUUGCAUCUCAUGGAGCAUUUGCCGUUUUGUAUGGUCGCCAUUCAAAGCAUUAUAUUAAAAAACCUGAGGUUUUACUUGGUAGAGCAACUGAAGACAUCAUUGUCGACAUUGACUUGGGAAGGGAAGGGCGUGCUAAUAAAAUAUCUCGACGGCAGGCUAUUAUAGAGAUGGACAAACGUGGAUCGUUCUGUCUGAAAAAUCUUGGCAAGUGUUCAAUUUCAGUGAACAACAAGGAAGUAGGCCCUGGUCAGAGUCUAAGCCUUAUUUCUAGCUGUUUGAUUGAGAUACGAGGAAUGCCAUUCGUAUUUGAGACGAGCCAAACUUGUGUGAAGCAGUAUUUGGAUAACAUCACCAAGAACAACCAAUUGUAGAAGCACCUAAUGUGAAUUGUAGCUGAGGUGCUGUGACCAAAAAUCGCAUCAGAAGGUGCUCAUUUUUGCCGCGCUUUCUGGGUUCUUUGGGGAAGCUAUAUCAAGUCUGUUGUAUGUAACUAAUUACUGUGAAGUGAACUGUCUUGUUUUUAUUUUUAGGUUACAAAGCACUUUCAAAAUGUUUUUAAUCUGUAUGUAACACCCCCCAAAAACAAACAAAAACAAAAAAUCAUAGGGUAUAUUGGUAAUUAUUGCUUCAUCCACAAUAUAUUUUUGGCGAAAAUAUACUUUUUGGUCU